AUGGAUGAUCCCGAGGAGGAGGAGGAGAUGGUGUUUGAAGAGCUGAGCCUGCCCAGCCUCCCCGCCUUGCCAUGGGCAUCUUCAGCUCAAGCAGCUUUGGCUCAGCGCUGGCGCAAUGAGAACUACGAGAGGCCUGUGGACCUGGAGGGCUCCGGGGAUGAUGACCCCUUUGGAGAUGAUGAACUGGACGAUGUCUACUCAGGCUCUGGCUCGGGGUAUUUCGAGCAGGAGUCGGGGCUUGAGACAGCGGUGACCCUCACCAUGGACACAUCAUCUGUCACGCUCCCCACCACGGCGGCCGCGCUGCCCAUCCCCUCGGUGCAGCCUGUGGCAACCCCCUUUGAACCGUUCCCAGCUGAGGACACCACCCCCAAGCAGACCACCAGCGUCUUGUACAUCCCCAGGAUGACAGAGACACCAGUGAUCCCCAGUUGGAAAGCAACCACCACCAGUACCACCACCAUGGCCACCGCCAAGCCCACCACUGUCCGGAAAUUCCUGCCCCCCUUUGUCACCAAGGCAGCCACCACCCAGGCCACCACCCUGGAGACACCCACCACCUCCGUCCUGGAAACCAGCACACCAACAGAGGUGACCACGUCACGGCUUGUCCCCACCAGCACAGCCAAGCCCAGGACCCUGCCAAAACCAAGCACCUCGAGGACUGCAGACCCCACAGAAAAAAGCACUGCCUUGCCAUCCAGUCCCACCACGCUGCCGCCCACAGAAGCCCCCCAGAUGGAGCCAGGGGAGGUGACCACAGUCCUCAACAACGAGCUAGAGGUCCCGGUCAGCAGCGGCCCCAGCGGGGACUUUGAGAUCCAGGAGGAGGAGGAGACGACUCGUCCUGAGCUUGGUAACGAGGUGAUGGCUGUGGUGACGCCACCAGCAGGACCCGGGCUGGGCAAGAACGCGGAGCCAGGGCUGAUUGACAACACGAUAGACUCCGGCAACUCAGCUGCUCAGCUCCCCCAGAAAAACAUCUUGGAGAGGAAAGAAGUGUUGAUAGCGGUGAUCGUGGGCGGCGUGGUGGGAGCCCUCUUCGCUGCCUUCCUGGUCAUGCUGCUCAUCUACCGGAUGAAGAAGAAGGACGAGGGCAGUUACACGCUGGAGGAGCCCAAACAAGCCAACGUGACCUACCAGAAGCCUGACAAGCAGGAGGAGUUUUACGCGUAGAAGGAGAGCCCGGCGUGCCUCGCGCUCCCUGCGCCAAACUCUCCCUCCUCCUCUUCUUCAUCCCGUCUCU